AUGCGAGCAAUUCUAACAGCUCUCUUCUAUCUUAUUUCAAUCCACCUUUCAGCAUCAAUUCCCCAUCCCCACGAAAUAACCAACAACAACGUUAAAAAUACUCUCAAAGAUAUAGACAAUUCUUCAUACGGAAGUAUGCUACUUGACUUAAUCCAGCUCCCCGUCGAAGCCGGUAACAUUUGCCCUAGAAGCACCCUGGUGAUCGAAGCAAGUUUAUCCCCAGCGAACUUGUGGGCCCGAUGCGACGAAAGGCGAGUGAUAGACCUGGGGUUGUCACCCCGUAUUGGACGUUAAGCGUUAUAAAUUUUAAUGUAAUGAAUGACUUAAUCCAGCUCCAAAGUGAAACCCCAGACUCAAAUGCUAGUCUUUUUACCCAAAUUUCUCAACAAAUUCAAGACUCUCAAAAAUCAGAGAUUUCUAAAAGUCAAUAUAACCAAGUCUACUGUGAUGACGAAAAUAAAAGACUUUUUGAUAUUUCUAGAGAAGCUGAACUCACUAUUGUUUCAAAUAAUUAUAAGAUUAAAUACGAAAUUCAACCUGAGCUAGAUAGCAAAAGACAAAGAAAAAUGAGAUUAGAGAAAGAGAUGGAUUUAAAUAAAUUGCAAAGGAAAAAACUUCUUGAAGAAAAAGAGCAGGAAAACGAAAAAUGGAGCGAAAAGAAAAGCAUUAUUGAUAAUGCUAUAAACAAUUGUGAAGAACUGUAUAGAAUUUUUAAUCAAAAUUCAUUUUUACAAAAAGAUCUUACAGCUACGACUCUAGUAGAAUUAAAAAAUCAACUAGAAGAAAUAGGUCAUGAGGCUGCGCCUGCAUUUGAGACUUUAGUAGAGCUAGGAAACUCUAAACAAAGCAAAAGUAAUAAUAGAGUGCUAGCAAGUAUGAUUUUACAAAUAAAAUCUGAUCUUGAAGUAUCAAAAACUAGAAUGGAAGAUAGCGUCAGUAAAAACCAAGAAAAUUUAUUAAGUUAUUUAGGAAGUUUGGAAGUUUAACUUAACUUAGAAUUUACAAUAUUUAACGUGUGUUAGCACAUAAUCAAUGUACUUCCGUUCCUACUUUGGGAUACCAGCACUCAUAUAGCUUCGAUCAGAUAGUCCCUUGACUUUGUGCAUUUGGAUUUUGGCGGCUACCCUUGAAAAUUUAAGGUUAAGCAUAAUUUCUGGUUUAAAGCUGGUUGUUGCUCAAAUGGCCUAUUGGUAUCUAUAGGCAUCUCUUAGCUGCCUCUUCCAAUUUGGAGUCUUCAUUCUCCCAUGAGAUAAAAAUCCAGACCUGAAAGCCAACUGGUGGCUAAACUCUUCUAUUGUUGGACAUAUAGAAAUUGCCCGAGGAUGGCGCAAAAUAGCGCCAUCCUCGGGCAAUUUCUAUAAUUAAAUAUAGGAAGUUUGGAAGAAGUUUAUCAGCAAUACAAAAAUGAAUAUGAUAAUUCGACUCCAAAAAUUAUUUCUUUAUCCCACUAAUUGGGAAUAAUAAGUGAAAUAAUAAUUUCUAUAUAAAAGGGAUAAUUUUUACAAGAAUUUACUCAUAUAUUAUUCUAUUUUAAACGAGGGGUAUAAGUAAAAUAUUAUUUAAACAAAUUUAUUUCUUAAAAUCUAUAAAAUUUUUUUCAUAGACUUUUACUAUGAAUUAUAUAAACUUUUUUCUUACAAAAUGAGUUCACUAGAGAUUGAAAUAUUUUUUAUUAAAAUUUAAAGAGGAGAAUUAGAAGGAAAAAUACGUGGCUUGAAUAAUGAGAUUGAAAACUUAAAUAAAAAGCAAGAGGAAGUCAAAAAUGAAUUGGCAAAACUCCAUGAUUGGUGCGAAUUCCAAAAGAAAAAAUAUCUAGAAGAAACACAAAAAAGGCAAGAAAAACUUGAUAUGACAAAUGCAGUAAAAAGCAUUUUAUUUGAGAACAAUGAAGAAAUAGAGGAAUUUGUUAGUAAAAGAAUGAGUAAAACCGAUAAAUAUUAA